AUGGCGGACGGGGACAGCGGCAGCGAGCGCGGCGGCAGCGGCAGCGGCAGCGGCGGGUUCGCGACCGCCCGCGGGGGCGGAGGAGGCGGCGGCGGCGGGGCCGGGUCCGGGUCCGGCGGGGGGUCCGGCGGCGGCGGCGGCGGGGCGGGCCCGGAGCAGGAGACGCAGGAGCUGGCCUCGAAGCGGCUGGACAUCCAGAACAAGCGGUUCUACCUGGACGUCAAGCAGAACGCCAAGGGCCGCUUCCUCAAGAUCGCCGAGGUGGGGGCGGGCGGCUCCAAGAGCCGCCUCACUCUCUCCAUGGCGGUGGCCGCCGAGUUCCGCGACUACCUGGGCGACUUCAUCGAGCACUACGCCCAGCUGGGCCCCUCCAGCCCCGAGCAGCUGGCCCAGGCCGCCGGCCCCCCUGGCGAGGACGGCGCCGGCCCCGGCCCCCGCCGCGCCCUCAAGAGCGAGUUCCUGGUGCGGGAGAACCGCAAGUACUACCUGGACCUGAAGGAGAACCAACGCGGGCGCUUCCUCCGCAUCCGCCAGACCGUCAACCGUGGCCCUGGCGGGCCGGGGGGCUUCCCGGGCGGCCCCCCCGGGCUGCAGAGCGGCCAGACCAUCGCCCUGCCUGCCCAGGGCCUGAUCGAGUUCCGCGACGCCCUGGCCAAGCUGAUCGACGACUACGGGGGCGAGGAGGACGAGCUGGGCGGCCCCGGGGGCGGCGGGCCAGGUGGCGGGGGGCUCUACGGGGAGCUGCCCGAGGGCACCUCCAUCACCGUGGACUCCAAGCGCUUCUUCUUCGAUGUGGGCUGCAACAAGUACGGCGUCUUCCUGCGGGUGAGCGAGGUGAAGCCGUCCUACCGCAACGCCAUCACCGUCCCCUACAAGGCCUGGGCCAAGUUCGGCGGAGCCUUCUGCCGCUACGCUGAGGAGAUGCGCGACAUCCAGGAGCGCCAGCGGGAUAAGCUCUACGACCGACGUGCCGGACCGCCAGGUCCCGGCAGCGGCAGCGGCGCCGGCGACGACUCCGACGGCGACGACGUGGACGACGACUGAGCCUCCCCCGCCCUCGACCCCGCCGCUGGCCCCCCCACCCCCCACAACCCCCCCUUCUCCCCUUCCCCCCCUCCCCCCCCGGGCUCCCCCCCGCGAUGGGGCAAAGGGGUCCCUGAGUGCCCAGCACUCCCCCCCCCCCACCCCCCCCCCCCCCAACCUCCACCACCGCCACCGGAGAGAGAGAAACCGGCCCGACCGUGACGCCGACGCGUCCCUCCCUCCCUCACACACGCCCCGCCACCGGCGGGAUGAGCCACCACUGUCCCCCCGCCACAGGGGACCUGUCACCGGCACCCUUCCCUACCCCCCCCCCCCCCCAGCCCCGAGGACUCCCUGCUUUUUGGGGGGGCAGGGGGGUGGAACCACCCGGAUCCUCUCUCCUCUCCUAAAGCCCGGCCCGUGCUGACACGGUGCCCCCCACCACCAUUGAAACCAGCAUCCCGGCGCCCGCGCCGAGAGGAGCCGCCACGCGCCAAAACCCUCACCGGCGGAAGAGGAGCCGGGCAGCAGGAGGGGAGAGUGACGGAGCCGGUGCUUUCGGAAGCGAAAGCCGGGGCGGGGGGGCCGUAUCUGGACCAACGUCCAUUCUCUCUUUAUUUUUUCCUUUAUUUUCCUUUUUUUUUUUUCUCCAUUCCCCUUUCCAGAUUUUUUUUUUUUUUCCCUCCGUUUUUUUUUUUGGGAUGCAAACUGCUAAACUCCGGGCGCCUGAACUGGAACCUGCACCCGAGCCAGUGCGAAGCUGGCAGGUUCCUGAAAAUUAAGGAAUUAAGGAAGACUUUCUCGGUUUUGACAAUUUAUUACUGUUCCCCCCCCCCCUCCUGUUUUUCCUCUGGCCGCGGGGGGGGGUCGCAGAGAGAGGCAGGUUCACGCAGGCACAAAGCACAAGGAAAGCUCGAUGGGGCGCAAGAUCUUCCCCUUCUCUCCAAAUAAGGCGGCAUCCAGUGAAUGCCGGCUCCAUACCGGGAAGGCCCGGCCAGGUUUCCUCCCCGUUUACCGUUUCGCCGGCACAACCGGCACCGAAGGCGGCGCCACCGGGACCCUCGAGCACCGAAAUCCACCCCUUCUCCUCUUCACCUGGAUUUUAUUUUUCUUUAGCAAAACCAACUUGCCGCCGUUCCCCAGUACCUCAUGCCGGCGGAGAUGACGGCAGCGGCUCGGUGGCACCAGUGGGACUCCGCACCCCGGCAGCUGGGGCCUUCGGUGUUGGUGUUUUGGGGGGUUUGGGGGUUUUUUCCCUCUUUUUUCCUUUUUUUUUUUUUUUUUUUUUUUUUUUUUUUUUUUUUUUAAAAACACCUGGUCGUACCAGCAGGGACUGGCUCUGCCGCCUCAGCCAGCGCGCCGGAGCCAGCGGCUCCCUCCAGCCAUCGCCUCUCGUAUUAAAUGGAUUUUUCCACUCUCAAAUGGUCUUUUUUUUUUCUUUUUUCUUUUUUUUUCUUUUUUUCGCUAAAUCGGGUCAAUCCUGCCCUUUCCCAAAAGGUAUUUUUUUCGCCACGUUAUCCCAGGAACUCUGAACUGACUGGGGUUCGUCGCUCUUCAUUCCAAAGUUUCAAGGUCUUCUGGUCCGACGGCUUCUCCAGUUUUAGGACUUGUUUUAAAUUAAUAUUUUUCUGCUUAUUUUUUGGGAGCCUGCGCCCACCCGCCCUCCGAUCUCAGCUGCCUCCUUAAUUUAUUGUCGCGGAUCCUGGCGUCUCCCUCUCUCCGCUCGCUCCGUAUUUAUUGGGAAGCGAGGUACGGCCGGCAGCAACUUGUCUUCGCGAGGCAGGAGCAGGGGGACAGACACCAACUCCAUCCCCCUCCUCGCCCCAAAACCCAGCAGAGCCCCGGGGGAUGUUGUCUGUCCAUCCGUCCGUCCUGCAAACCCUGUCCCGCCCUUUCCCACCUCCGUAGCUCUUUUUAAAGGGAUUUUUAAGGCGAAUUUCUUCCGUUUAUCCCGUUUUUAAUUCUUCUCCGUCGCAAAGGACUGGGUUUCCUCACUCACACGGGAGCAAUAGUCUUUUAUCUCGAUGUCCGAACCGCGUCCGUACUGUAUUUUGUACCCUAAGGCAGCUCUUUCCAGUGACGUCCUGCUGUAUCCACCCAUCCGUCUAUUUUUUGUGUUCGCGCGCCUUCAGUUCUUUGCCGCGGAGAAAAAAAAUGACAAAACGCCGCCUGGAAGGCUCCAGAUCGGGGGAGACGGCGGCCACCGCUCAGCCGCUGGGGGGGACGCCUGGCUCCGCGGUGAUGGACUUGCCAGCGUUCGGCUGCCAGGAGCCGGUUGCGAAGACGCAGGCGGUACCUCUCCUUUUAUUUUUGAAGAGGAUGAGAUAGAUAUAUAUAUAUAUAUAUAUAUAUAUAAAAAAAUAUAUAUAUAUUCUUUUUUUUCCUUUUUUUUUUUUUUUUGGCUGAAUUGCGGUAAUUUAGCCUUAACCUUUCUACUCUGGGGUAACGGCGGGGUCACUGCCAGCCCGGCUCGGCUCUCGGUAGCCACCUAGGAAAUACGUGGAAGAGGAAAAAAGGCAAAUAACGCCAAAAAAAAAAAAAAAAAUCAUAACAACCAUAAAAACGGGACCCAGUGCCGCAGCCGGCGUUCGCUUUGGCAACCAGAACCCUUUCUCCUGCGGGAGAAGCGAUGUAUCUAUGUACAGAAACCUUCCGCAGCUCCAUUUGACCUUCCAGCAAACGGGUGAGAAGAGCAGAGUGCGUCGGGGGAAGAAAUCUCGCAGAAAAAAAAAAAACAACAAAAAAACAUAAACAAAAAACCCACCCAAAAAAAAAAAAAAAGAUAAAAAUCAGAAAGAAAAAAAAAAAAAAGGUUUUUUAACCUGCCAGCGGCCGGCAAGAGCGAUUCGGAGAGGUGGGCGGACACACCUCAGGUGUGAGCGAGGACUCAGGUGGUUUCUGCGAGGGGAGAGAUGGGUUUUUUUGGUGAGUUUUGGGGUUUGGUUUUUUUUUCCUUUGCUUUAGCCUGCGGACGGCGGGCUGGGGCUGCUGAGAGGGGGGAGCUGGCAGGGAGCCCCCCCCUCUCCCCGCACGCACAUGUGUGCCGCCCAGGAUCAGGCGGAGCAUUUCCCUGAGGAAAGCAGGACGACGGUUACGCCGAAGCUGGGCUCCUGCCCGCGCCGGAAUCUCUCCACGGACCAGACCUUGCCAAAAACACCUGCCCACAGCCAGGGCGCUGGGAAUUUGGUGGCGAGGCGGUGGCACGCGCAGCAGGUCGGAGGGUUUGAUUGUUCCCUUAUAUAUAUAUAUAUGUAUAUACACAUCUCCGCGCGUGUGUGUAUAUAUAUGAGAUUUGAUUGGGGGUUUUUUUUGGUUUGGAUUCUGUAGAAAAUGGGCAAAUUGCUUUUUUUUUUUGUGUUUGGGGUUUUUUUUAACCGGUAGGGGGGAAAAAAUAUCCCAAAUUCUUGGAGCUUCCAGAUUUCUGUUGCCCCAGAAGGGAUGGGUUGAGAGCGCGACUAUCGCUGUACAAAAAAGAAAUCGUGUAUAUCUUGUAUAGCGCCCCAAAAUCGAUGUAAAUACCCAAAAUGUCCAGGCUGAGAGCCGGGAGCCGUCAGCGGCUCUGUUAAAAGUUAAAAACUGCUUCAAUUUUUUUCCCCCCUCAAGAGAAAAAUAUGGAAGAAAAUCAGAAUUAUCCUGCCUUGUUUCCAGCUGUUUUGGGGUCACAGGCACGAGAAUCCCCUCCUGGUCCCUCGCUGCCGGCAGAGGAUGAACCAGGGGGAGGUGACCAGUCCCAGGGCUGCCAUGCCGGGGAGAGCGGUGGUUUCUCUUGUUGGUGAUAAAACAAAACAAACCCCCCUCGCCGGCUUCUCUUGUAAAAAAGAAAAAAGUUUAAAAAAAAAAAAAGAAAAAAAAAAAUAGGAAAAAAAAAAAAGGAAGCGUGAGCGAGUGAUGACGGUACUUGAGCUGAUGCACAAGGAAUCUCUCAGCAGAUAUUUGCCGCCGCACUUGCUGGGAGAGGGUUCCCGAUGGGAAAUCUGAACCGGCUCGGCGUCGCGGCGGCUCGCUGGCGUCUCCAUGGAUGCUCGGAGAGAUGUUCCACGUAGGGUGAGGCUCGGCCGCGGGCGCUGUCGCCCUCCUCUUCCUUGCGGAGCCGGUCGAGCCGGCAGUGCCUGUGCCAAGGGGAGCUGGUGUUUGGUGCGUCGGCGUGAGAUCCCGAAUCCAGGUGCCAGAACGGAUCUUGGAUCAAGCCAAGAUGGGAGAGGGAUGGCCGGUGAAGAGCAUGGCACCGGCGGCGGUGGCUUCUCACCACGGCGGUGGCGACCGUCAGGCUGGCGGUUGUAGGCGAGACCUCGGAGUCUCCCCGCACCGGCGUCUCUCUGGCACUGCGCUCGGCAUCUGCUCCCGCCAGAGGCGGUUUGUGGUUGCCGGUGGCAUCAAGGCCUCGAAACCACGGCGUUACCGGCGGGCAGGAGAGGCCCUGGGGAUUUCUGGCCUCGGAGCGGCACCGAUGCUGACACAACGGCCGAAAGCAGGUCUGGCACGGGUGGCUUUCCUGUCCCUGGCACGUGUUUCACCCCAGGCAGAGGUGGAAACGUGCCGGCCGGUUGGUAAAGCAUCGGCAUGGGAGAGAGCCGGAUCCUCCUCCGAGAGCCACCGGGGCCGGGACUGGCUUCGUCCAAUAUCUGCUGAGAGACCAAAAUGUUCACCCUGAAGUACCUUGACGAAAGAAGAAAGUUUUAUUCCUCUUAUUUUUUUAAUGAAAGAAAAACAAAAAAUAAAGCAAACCAUGCACUUUAGGCGGCCCAGCGCGGGGCUGCCGGCGCCCGGGGGGGGUCCCGUCCCCCCCCUCUCCCUUCCUCUGCGGCCGGCGGGGCGGCUUCGGGAGAAGCUGGGGAGCGGCCGGCGGUUGCCGAAGGCAGAUCCUGGAUUUUACCACUAGCAAAGACGACGCCCGACGUGACGAACUUCUCAUGCUAGCGAGCACUCCUUACCGUAGCAGAUUUUUGCAAAUGGAGUUUUACAAGUCUAUAUUUAAAGAAUUGUAUGUUUGUAACAAAUAAAAAGUAUGCGGAAAAGUGAAUGAAAAGCCCA